AUGCCGAGCCCCAGUCCGGUCGCCGAACCUGAGCGGGCACCGAUACCUAGACCCCGGUGCUUGACGUGUAAGCGCCGAAAGGUCAAAUGCACUGGGGGCCCUGAACCAUGUGAGAACUGUCGUCGACUAAGACUUGACUGUACAUUCAACUACUCGGAGAUCUACCUGUCACCAGAAGUCCCCAAUCCUCAAGGACUUUCGGCCCCGACAGACGCUCUGACGGAAGCCGGGACCAAACGUCGGCGCAUCGCGGCCGCAUGUACGGAGUGCCGUGUUCAAAAGGCGAAGUGCUCCGGUCACCGCCCGCAAUGCUUCCAUUGCAACCGCAGGAACCUAUCAUGCGUAUAUCCAUCAUCGACAUCAAGGCGUAAGAGCAGACAUGCCGGCGGACAACAGCAACAGUCUGCUUCUCCAGAAUCAAGCAGCACUUUCAGCCAGAGCGCCUCCUAUGAGGCAGAGUCUACACUCAAUCAGCAGUAUGGCGCCGGUAGGGUGUCUCUGAACACUGCCCUAGACCACGCUCUCCUCAGUACAGACGUAAUCCGUCAGCAUCUCGAGGCGUACUUUGACCACGUCUAUCCAAUAGGCCACGAUUUCUUUCACCGGCCAUCCGUAAUGGAAGAGUUUUACGCCGGGAAGCUACCGCCCAUCCUUUGCACAUCAAUAUGCGCGACUGCAGCAAUGUUCGUCUCCCGCUCGCGCGAGUCGCGAGUCCUAUCCGUCCAGUGGGCCAAAGAAGUAGACGCCUACAUUUUCGGCAACCUCAAUGUCUUCAAGGUGCUCAACAUCCAACUUCUAAUACUCUCCAUGUUUCAAAACUUCGCCUACAGGCAGUUCGGCAAGAUGUGGCUGCUCAUCAGCAUGGCCGCGAGGCUAGCAGUCUCAUUCCAGCUCAACGACGAGAGACCAACUGCUGAGAAUGAUACCACCGCCGCGCUUAUCAAGCGUGAGUGUGAGCGGCGACUGGUGUGGCAUGUGUGGAGUAUGGAUAAGAUGCUCUCGGCGGGUCUGGAUGAGUUCACCUCGUUGCCAGAUCGGUGGAUGAGGACUUCGUUGCCGAACUCGGAGCAUGCUUUCCGUCAUGGGCUGAUGAAGCCAACGGGCAGGCUAAGUGACGGUGUGGAGGCACUUGCAUCUCAUGAAGCUGGGCCUAAUGCCUACUUGAUCAUGCUAUUGCCGCUUCGCUGUGAGAUACUGCGGUUGACAAAGAGAAUCGUCAUAGAUAGUCACUCGGACCACUCUCCAGCAGCGGUCUCCAAAGCAGUCACAACCAUGAAAGACCUGCGAGACCGUUUACGAUUCUUCCUCAAAAACACACCAAAACACCUACAACUGAGCGAACUCAACAUGUUCUCCCAUUCAACCACAUCAGAGUUCUCAUCGUACCUCACGCUGAACUCGUGGUACCUCCAGUGCGCCUGUGACCUCUUCCGCGUCGCACUCCCAGCCGCGUACAGAGAGAGCGCAUCGCCGAAAUUCCUCGCGAGCGCCCCGCCAGAUUUCGUAUCGGAGUGGCGCGCACUUGCGACGCGUAUCCCCCUCCGUCUGGGGUACGGCAGCAUGGUCCAUCAGUGUACCAAGACGCUCCUCACGGCGCGACGGUGCAAGCUGUAUGGUGGCCUCGUCGACCCGAUCACCGGCGAGACGGCGGAGCUCAAUGACGAGGCAGUGGAGGCUCUGUGCCAGAGCAACAUCACCUUGCUGGACGACAUGGCCAAGAUCGCGCCCAUCAUCGCGGUACUACAGCAAGACGUCGAAAAGAUGGUCGGAGCCGAUAAAAACAGAAGACAAAACGACGCAGAGGCACAGGAGCUCGCGCCAGUUAGCAGCGAAGUUCAGCGGAAUAACUUGCUGAGCAGGUAUCAUCCGUUAUCUCAGAGCUUCGAUAGCAACGCCAAGACUGCGGACGAAGUCGCGCUACAGCACUCCGAUCCUCCCCAAACGCCUUCAAUCCUCCAGACUUCAGAAACGAUGGACAUGACGAUGACGGACUCUGCCGACAUCUACCCGGCCUCUCUAGCCAGUGCGGCUGGUCUCAAUGACAUUGGCUCCAGUCUGGAUGGGCCGCUUACAUGGUCCGGUUUUGCAGAAAACCAGCUGGCACCAGAUUACUUUGUAGCCCCUUCGCAGUUCGACAUGAGUGGUGAGCUAAGCUGGUUUUUGUCGGGAUACAUGGACCCGGAUCCCGCCAGCGUCUGA